AACUGUUAAAUUCUAAGAAUAGUUCUCGGGUUUGUUGCUAUUUAUUAAUAAUUAUAAUCGCGAUAGUCUAGCUAAUAGGCGGCAUUGGCAUCUUGCUGAUGAGAUAUUUCAGCGUGGAUUCCAUCGUCACUUAAAAAGACAGUUCAGUUUGUCACUCUCCAAUUGUGCAGUUUAAUGGUUUCACAACUGGUAUGUUUCCUUAAAAUAACAAUUUUCUCAGAAGUCAAAUAAUUUCUCAGCAUUGCAUAUUCUAUUUGUCCAAUGGUAAUAAGUACUGCGUCAAUUCAUUUAAUAAGUAAUUUAAUAAGUAUUACCAAUGGUAAUAAGUACUGCGUUUCAUUCGCGACGCACAUGUUCACAUUAAGUGAUACCCUUUAAAUAUGUUUUAUAUUCGAAUAAGAAAAUCGUGUACGUUUUUGAACUAUGCCACGUCGAGAAUCAGUUUUCGGCAUCGUGCUAAACCCAAUUCUUAGAAAGUGCGAUUCUGUCAUUGCUUAUGAUGGGGGACAUAACGCCUGUGGUAAUCCUAUCAUAAAUUAAUGAACCAUUCCUUUGUUCGGCUGCAUUUAAAAUAAAUGCCCUUGAUUUAUUUUUUAUGUUUCUAAUUCUUUUUGUUUUCAAAGCUGACCCAAUCUCUGAAUAGAUCAAACAAAUAAGAUGAGCUGCGUCCAUCGAUUACAAAUAACACAGACGUGUAAUUAAAACAAUAUAAACGCAGCACAGUGCGUAAAACUCGUGGAUCCACCGAUUGGACCCUUCACCUUUUGUCACGAGAUUUAAAAUCACUUCAAACUGACCCAAUGGUCUAUUUCUCAAUCCAGUCACACAUUAUAGAUCUUUGAUGCUGCGCUUUGUCUUUCAACAAAAGUAGACCAGACAGGUUGGUUAUACGUUGCAAAUAUUGAAAUGUAUGUUGCACCGUUGAGGCGCUACAUUCAUAGCCAAAUACUUUUUAAAGCUUCAUUAAAGUAAGAAUUGCUCAGUUUUUAAUCCAGAUUGGCCAAUUGAUGGAAUCAUAAUAUUUCAUAAAUGGAACCCAUGUUUGAAAAUUAAAUAAAUGUAUGUACUAAUAUAUUAGGUUUGCAGACUGACAUAACAUUUUAAAAUUGUUGACAAAGUCCAGAACAUUGAAGUAAAUGUAUAAUGGAGUGUUUUUUUAAUGUUACACUUUAGACAUCUGCACAUGCAACAACACACUUACAAAGGCCCAGAAAGUGUCACUAGUUAAACCAUUCCAUUACUCGGCGAAUCAAUUGAAAGUGAUUUUAAAUCUCAUGACAAUGACGAUGUUAACGGCAGCUGGUUAACUUGCGGUGUAUCCGCCUUAAGUCAGCUGUGGAGCUUUCCUUUUCCGCGCUGAAGAAAAUUACAAAACACUCACUUAAAAAGUUUUUUGUUUCUUGUUUUGUCAGACUUUGAUAGCGUGUCUCAAGGGGUUGCCUGACAAAUGGGGAAAUGUUGAUCUCCGCCUCGCUUCAUAAUCACGUGUUAAUAGUUCACUGGCAGCAUUAAAAAAGGAGCUUUGGAAAAGGCGCACACGUGGGUGACGUUCAGACCAACCAUCGCCUGAGACCCUUUUGUGUAGCUUCCAAACAUAAGCACCUUCUCGACUCUCUCCCGGCGCAGUGUUUACUGAACCCAGAUUCAGGCAAAGUCAGAAAGAACCAAGAAGAAUACGCAAUGUCUCGAUCGUUUUAUGUUGAUUCCCUGAUCAUCAAAGACUCUUCAGUGAGACCUGCUCCUGUCUUGAAUGACCACGGCCAAGACUUUCUAAUUCCCAUUAGCGUUCAUUCACCAACAAUGAUGUCCGUUUCUGGUCCCGUCUGUCCGUCUAGAAAGACCGGUACUUUCUGCGUCUGUCCCCUCUGUGUCACAACCCAUAUUCACUCAUCUCGGAGUGGGAUCCCACUCCUGAAAAGCCAGUUCCCAAAUGGAGAUCCUCAAUACUGUCAACGAAUUAACCAACAGUCAAACCCCGGGCUCGGACAUCCACCUGUUUGCACACCUACCUACAGCGUAGCAGACCCAAGAAGAUAUCACUGUCUUUCCGUAGGCCCUGAAAAUAACAGUCAUCUACAAAACGGCAAGCGGAUGAGAACAGCCUUCACAAGUACCCAACUCUUGGAGCUCGAGAGGGAGUUCGCCUCUAACAUGUACCUGUCGAGGCUUCGCAGGAUUGAAAUCGCAACCUACCUGAACCUGUCUGAGAAGCAGGUGAAGAUUUGGUUCCAGAACCGGCGCGUCAAGCACAAGAAAGAAGGAAAGGGGACUCCGCGGAAUGCGCACAGCGUCUGCAAAUGCAACAGCCAAGGUCACUGUUUGCGCUCCGAGGACGAAGAAUCCCUCUCGCCAAUAUCAUCUGGCAAAGAAGACAAAGAUAUGUCACCCGCAUAGCCACGGGCAGAACGGCAACGUCUUAAAGUUUACAUCCUUAUACAGUUUUCAUUUUUUUUCACGCACUUACCAUCUCUCCCCUUUAGCAUUUAAAACCAAUUUCCCUCGUGUAGAGUUGUAUUUGCCAGCUCGCCCUGGCUGCCGGCAUGAAUAGACCCAUUGUAAAGUUGUACUGGGAUGCCCCGCGGUACAGUCCCAUGUUCACUGUUUUCAAUCAGUUCAAGUACUUCAGUACUACCGUUUGUGGUUAACAUGAUCUUGUCUGAAUCGUUCAGGGUUUCUUUUCUCUAGCGUGUUAAGUAAUAUUCACCACUGCCUUUAUAAAUAAAAUUCCCAAGUGUUUUUUUGUGAAUAAUGUAUUUUCAAAUUCAUCUGACCUUUUGUAAAAAGAUAAAAGCAGACAUCUAUGUACAUGCGCCAGACUGGAAGGCAAAUGUAGGUUGUUUGGAGAAAAUAGCUCUAACUGGCAAGCUAUUCUGUUGGAACACUGCGGCAAAAUGGCACGGUUAAAGUCCAUUCAUUGUGAAUAGUUUUAUAUGACAU